AGGGAAGCCAGCAAAGUUUCCAAAGAUGACUUUUGAACUGCGGAAAUGUUUGGCAGAGGGAAGGGCUUCAGUUUAUUGUGAGAUUGCUGUAAGUUGAGGUAUUCAGACGCUAAGCUUUGUCCCUUUCCCCCUUCGUCCACAUUAUGAUUUCCUCUCCCUAGCCCUUACCUGCUUAAUAGUAAAAAAGUAUUUUUGAAGCUUUAGGGGUGGGAGAUCAGAGCCCUAAUUCUACCUCAAAAUGGAGAGGUCACAGAAUCUUAGAAAAUCAUUGCUUGAAGAAGGGUUUGGUGUCCUGAUUUCUCACCUUCCUCAGGCUGGGCUUUACCACCAGGCCUUCUCACCAACUCCUGUCCCUUCUGUGUCCUGGAUUCCAGAAACCUCGACUCUCAGUACUUUGUGCUCAGUCCAGGCCCAGAGCCAUGGCUAUCUCUUCUUCCUCCUGGGAGCUGCCCCUGGUGGCUGUAUGCCAGGUAACAUCGACACCAGACAAGCAACAGAACUUUAAAACAUGUGCUGAGCUGGUUCGAGAAGCUGCCAGAUUGGGUGCUUGCCUGGCUUUCCUGCCUGAGGCAUUUGACUUCAUUGCUCGGGACCCUGCAGAGACACUACAUCUUUCUGAACCACUGGAUGGGAACCAUUUGAGCCAAUAUACCCAGCUUGCCAGGGAAUGUGGACUCUGGCUGUCCUUGGGUGGUUUCCAUGAGCGUGGCCAAGACUGGGAGCAGACAAAGAAAAUCUACAAUUGUCAUGUACUUCUGAACAGCAAGGGAUCAGUAGUGGCCACGUACAGGAAGACACAUUUGUGUGAUGUAGAGAUUCCAGGACAGGGGCCUAUGCAUGAAAGCAACUCUACCAUGCCUGGGCCUAGUCUUGAGGCACCUGUCAGCACGCCAGCAGGCAAGAUUGGUCUAGCUAUCUGUUAUGACAUGCGGUUCCCUGAACUCUCUCUGGCAUUGGCUCAAGCUGGAGCAGAAAUACUUACUUAUCCUUCAGCUUUUGGAUCUGUUACGGGCCCAGCCCACUGGGAGGUGUUACUGCGAGCCCGUGCCAUUGAAACCCAGUGUUAUGUGGUGGCAGCAGCACAGUGUGGACGCCAUCAUGAGUCGAGAGCAAGUUAUGGCCACAGCAUGGUGGUGGACCCCUGGGGAACAGUGGUGGCCCGUUGUUCUGAGGGGCCUGGCCUCUGUCUUGCCCGAAUCAACCUCAGCUAUCUGCGACAGAUACGCCAACACCUGCCUGUGUUCCAGCAUCGCAGGCCUGACCUCUAUGGCAAUCUGGGUCACCCACUGUCUUAAGGUUUUUGACUUAAGACCUCCAUUGUGAGGUUGUGCUGCUAUGACUUAUAGCAGGACCCAAACAGCUCCCCUCAUUUAGAGAACCUUAAGCUGGCUUAGUAGAACACAAAUUCAACUUCUUGGGAAGAAAAACUUUGAGCUGAGUUCAGAUUUCAGUUUCAGAAAAGUGUAAUUUUAUAUAGUCACUGUUUAUUUCAUGAAAACUGAAGUGAUGCUGAGGGCCAAGCAGCACUGGAAUUGUAAAAAUAAUAAUAAUCAUAAUGUC